AGGAGAAAGACAGAAUGGACAAAAGUUGAGUGGAGGAAUGUGAGUUUGUCUGAAGGGGGAAUAAAGGCGUCCUGAUGGGAGAGUGCUUUUGGAGGCAAAAGGAAAUUCUGACAUAAAAAUACGCGUCGCGAUUCCAAAAAUAACACAGCUCUGGUUUGGAAACACUGGAGCGCUUUUUAACUUUGGCUUUAGGCGCUUUAACAGCCUACUUUACGUUUAGGAUUGUACUAAAAAGUUUUUGAGCUAAAAGCGGAGGGGGGAAAAAAGAAGUAACUGCUUAGGCUGCGUUGGAUACAGAUUUCAGCAGAUGACAAUUUUGAGGACAUCUUGACAGCUCCUUCUGAUUAUUAUUGUUUUUGAAGUUUGCUAAGGAAUCUGUCUUUGCCUAAGAAGAAUCGCCCAUCUGCGGAAAGUUGAAGCGCAGUCUGAUCGCUGGAGCGAUGCGAUGAUGAUGCGAUCCGUCACUGAUUCACACUCGACACCGACACCGAACCGGAGCGGCACGAAACCGAACAAAACGAUGACCGGCUCCAGCUUAUUCACUCUGUUUCUCAUUGUAGUGAUGCGCCUCGGAUCCGCGGAGCUUCUGUCAGGGUUACGUUUCGUGAAGAGCCCUGGGAACGUGACUUCCUCUCUUGGGAAGCCAGUGGCCGUUCAGUGCAUCCUGCGAGCGGACGGGGAGGACCAGGGACCCCUGGACGUGCUCUGGCUGAAGGAGGGACAGCAGCUGGACUUGGCUGAUACCAACCAGAUGCAGUUCCCUGAAGAUGAGAACAGCUGGCUGGUUGUUAGUGAACUCAAGAUAGAGGAGGUACAGCUCUCGGAUAUGGGCGCCUAUCAGUGUGCGGUGUUCUCUGGUGAAGAGGAGACAUUAUCCAGUGAGGGAUACAUCCAACUAGAAGGUCUCCCUCAUUUCUCCGUGGAGCCGCAGCAUUUGUCAGUAGUGGCUAACGAAGAGCUGAGUCUGCACUGUGCGGCUCACGGUCCUCCUGAGCCUGUACGGGUCAUCUGGCUUCAGGACGGGGCUCCUCUCAAUAAUCUGGAUGACCCGAUAGCCCUGUCGCCCUCAACGCUCAACAUCUCAGGUUUAAAUCGAACCAGCUCUUUCUCCUGUGAAGCGCACAAUCGUAAAGGCGUGGCGUCGUCUGGCACAGGUGUUGUGACCGUUCUUCCUUCCCAGCCCCAUGACAUUAAAGCUGAAGAAAUCACUAAUUCAAGUAUCCGUCUGUCUUGGCACAUGGGCUUUGGAGGAAUUUAUCCCAUCAGCCACUGCAUUGUUCAGGUGAAACCUUCUGGUGAAGACUCUGAUCAGCUGAUCUCCAGUCAGACGGUCAGCGCGCCCGACGCCAGCCGUCUGAUCUCAGAUCUGGAGGCCUUCAGUCGGUACGAUUUCAGAAUGGCCUGCCGGAGCAGUCAGGGCGUCUCUAAUUGGACGGCGUGGAUGAGCGUCAGCACCCGUGAAGGCGUUCCAGAUUCGGCCCCGGACAAUGUGACGGUCGUGGUGAACGGAACAGAAGUGCUCCUGAGAUGGUCCGAACCUCCUGGAAAGAUGAACGGACAUCUGCAGGGAUACAUGAUGGAGUACAGCGCACCUAAUAUGGAACAGGUUGUGGUGGACACAGGCUUGGAGACAGAGCUGUUUGUCAAUCUCUCAGCACCGCUUUCGAACGUUUCCUUCAGAGUGUGUGCGUACACCGGCGCGGGACAGGGACCCUGGACGUCCCUCCAAACCAUCACGCUCAUUCCUGCAGAAACCGGACAGUCCAGAGGUAUGUUGAGUCCUCCGGCGUUCUCCUGGCACUGGUGGUACGUGGUCAUGGCCAUCGCCGUCGCCAUCGCUCUAGCGGUGCUUUUGGCCGUGUACGUGACCAGGCUGAGGCGGAAGGAGACACGUUUUGGCGAGGCGUUUGAACCCAUGAUGGAGAGCGGUGAACUCGUCGUUCGAUAUCGAGCUCGUCGGACGUACAGCCGGCGCACAACAGAAGCCACACUAAACUCUCUGGGGAUCAGCGAUGAGCUCAAGCAGAAGUUACAGGACGUGAUGGUGGACAGGCAUAAGCUAACGCUGGGAAAAACACUCGGGGAAGGUGAGUUCGGCUCCGUCAUGGAGGGUUUGCUCACUCAGGAGGACUCGGUGCUCAAAGUGGCAGUGAAGACCAUGAAAAUUGCUAUCUGCACUCGCACUGAAAUGGAGGAUUUCCUGAGAGAGGCGGCGUGCAUGAAGGAGUUUGAUCAUCAGAACGUCAUGCGGCUUCUAGGUGUGUGUCUGCAGACAGUGGAGAGCGAAGGUUACCCGUCUCCUGUCGUCAUCCUUCCCUACAUGAAGCACGGCGACCUCCACAGCUACCUGCUGUACUCCAGACUCGGCGACUCGCCAGUGUAUCUGCCAUCUCAGAUGCUGGUGAAGUUCAUGACGGAUAUCGCCAGAGGAAUGGAAUACCUGAGCGGCAAGAACUUCAUUCACAGAGACCUGGCAGCUCGAAACUGCAUGUUAAAUGAGAACAUGAAUGUGUGUGUGGCUGACUUUGGCUUGUCUAAGAAGAUCUAUAAUGGAGACUACUACAGACAAGGACGCAUCUCUAAGAUGCCUGUCAAGUGGAUCGCCAUCGAGAGCCUGGCAGACAGAGUGUACACCACCAAGAGUGAUGUGUGGUCAUUUGGAGUGACAAUGUGGGAGAUCGCGACUCGAGGUCAGACACCGUACCCUGGAGUGGAAAACAGUGAAAUCUAUGAUUAUCUGAGGCAGGGCAACCGUCUGAAACAGCCUCCAGACUGCCUGGACAGCAUCUAUUCCCUGAUGUUUUCCUGCUGGCUGUUGAGCCCCAAGGACAGGCCGAGCUUCGAGAUCUUGCGCUGCGAGCUCGAAAAGGUCCUGGAAGAUCUUCCGAGCCAAGACCCAGAUGAGAUACUCUAUGUCAAUAUGGAGGAGACCUCCGGAGAGUUGGGGGCCGUGGGGGGCCGUGAUCCCAUAAUGGGGGUCCCGUGCGUUCUCGGGGCCCUGAAGGGCUCGGGCUCAGUGGCCACCGCAGAAGUCCACCAGCCCAACCGGUACGUGAUCUGCCCCCAGCAUGAGAACCAGCGCCUUCUCAACGCCGACUCCAUGGAGAGUCUGAACCUGACGGGGUCCGUACCCACCCCGCUGCUCCAGCCCUCGUCCUGUUCCACUCCAGUGCCGGCCUCUGAAGGUCAGUCCCCGGAGGAAAGAGAAGAAAAGAAGAAAUUGCCGUGGCAGUGACGACGCUGCCGUGGCUGACGGGGACCUAGACUGCCUCUUGUGGAGAGCUGAGCUAUUGCUCCUGCCCCAUCAUUUUGCACAGACACGCCACACACUCCACCCGACAUUCAGUGUUUCAAGUGAAUUAUUGAGGGGUUUUUUAUGCUUUUUUAGAAAACAUGUUUCCUUUUCAUUCCAAAUUGUCCUUCAUGUUCAGUGUAGGUUGUGAGAAAUCAAAGCGCUCGUAGGUUUUGUCUUGCACUCUGUCAUAACCAGAAACGAUAUGAUACGUUUCCAGCGACAAGUAAUCUGUCUGUCCACGCUAACAAGUGAUGAGCGCAGCUCCAAGCCGUAUUGCAGAUCGGCGGUAUUUGCUUAAUGUUGCUCGUCCUUACGCCCGGUUCACGCCGCACGAUUUUAGCCCCAAUUUUCACUCAACAGCAGUUCUGUAGGAUUCGCUGACAAAUGCCCAAAAUUGCAGAGCGUCCCGCAGUGUGAAAUGUGUUUUGACUAAUAAUGACACUGGCCAGUGAGAGAGCAAGAUACAGGGUGAGGAGACGUAGACCCACAGCAGAUCCUGCAUGGCUUCUGAAAGCAACCAUUCUCUCUUUAGUUUCAUUUUCUUUUUUACUGCAAACCAGCAUACAGACAACUUCCCUCGCAAGCUUCUUGCGGAAAACCAGUCUCACGUGAGAACUCCUGUCUCACAUGCGAUCUUGCUUUAUUUGCCGUAUCACUUUUCACAAGUGUUUGUAGGCCAGAGUUGUCACUUGAAAGGUUGUGCAAUGUGUGCUAGAUCGAACAGCACUCUGACAACUUUACAAAUCAUGCAUUAGGGUAAGCAAGCACCAAGUAAAAUCAUGGCAAUGCCCUAACAACUACUGCACACUCUUUAAAACAAAGGUGAUGCAACAGAAGAACGAUUUUGUGUUUCCCAAAGAACCUUUCAGUGAUCAGUUUUUGACCGUUUUUGUCUUUGACGAACACUUAUAAUGAUCUGAAGUUGAAUGGAAGGAUUCUAAAGGUUCUUAAUGGAACUGUCAGAAUGCCUAUAAAGAAGCUCAUUUUUCAGAGCGCAUUUGCAGUGGGAGGGCUACGGAAAAUGAGCAACAAAUCAAAUGUCUUGUUGCAUGCUUUCAUCACAUCACGCUAGGUUAAAACCCAGAGAAGCAGCACACCUCCUGCGGCCUUCUGAGACUGACGUCAGUCGGCUGCGAUCUGAACAAUUAAAGCCCCUUUUGUGUAAGGUCUAACUGAAAGUAAAGUUAGAUUUCUGCUGAUAUUGAUCACACAAUAUGCUCAUCAUCAACUCAGGAGAUGCUUGGAUUUACAACGACCAUUGACGCAAACUAGCUUGACACUGCCACUCGGGACGGAACCGAGUCUGACUCUUUCUGUCUUUCAUUUUACUCCGUCCAGUCUCCUGACCAUCAUCUUUAUCCAAAGAAACGCGUGGAGGGUGACGUUAGCGUUCUGUGUUAGGUCUAACAUGUCAAACCGAAUCACGUGUGUGACCUACAGACACGCUCUAGCUAACCUCCAGGUGUACGUGUACAUUUUUAUAACUCUGUUUCUGAGGUUUUCUGAAUCAACAGGGUUUUUUUUAACAUUGAUUUGAGACCAAUUUUGUGGUUUCUUUUGAAAAGUAGGCUAGGGCAGUAGACUAGACUAAGCUGUGUAAAGCUACACAUACAACAGGUCUUUGCUCGUCAGAGGCCCUGCCCCAGACUCAAGCACAGUAUUUUUUUCUUGUUUCGUAAAGUUUUUUGUACAUUUUAUAUUUUGCACUAAUCAUUUUUUGUCAUUGUAUUUCUUUGUUUAUCCUUUCUUUUUAAAUCUGACAUGGACUUUUAGACAAUAAAAUGAUGUACAUUUACCAGAAUAUUAUCAUGUUACGAUAAUAUAAAAAAGGCUGUUUCAAAAUAAGUUCAAAUACAGAUGACAUGUUAGCUGACUGUUCUUUUGCAAUUGUUUUCAAAUAUGUUUAUUUCUUCCAGUACAGCCUUUAAUCUAUUCUGAAAUUUAAAUCAUUGAAACUAAAUCAUUUUACAUCAUAGAACCAAUGUUUGGAAAAUAUUUGGUGUGACUGUUUUUUUUUUCUUUUCACUGUAAUGUGGUACUAAGAUUGUCUGAGGUACAUUAAUAUACGACAGAUGUAACUGUAUCAUAACUUUGAUGAGCCACGAUGCUUUCGAUACAUUGGGUGACAAAUGAUUUACUAUAUAAAUGAUGUUUCUGUGUACCAGUGCUCAGCUGGAAACAUUUCUGCUCUCUACACACAUGAAAGAUUGGAGACCAAAAUUAACAUGACAGCCCCCCGACAAAAUGUUCUGUCAGUCACCUUGUGUGUAUAUUUGCAUGCUCACAUUUUCAGCACGUUUUCAAUCGCUGUCUUUCAUAAUGAGAAACACUGUGUGUUUAAAUACGUGGAUUUGAAUCGUCCCAGCUGACCUUAGUUGAGCAGGACAAAUUCAGUAGCACCACUUCUGCAUGUGAUAUUUCAGUGCGUCUUCUAUAUGUAAUAUUACAUGUUCUUUUGCCUUUCAGUAAAUCAGCCAGUGAUGAUCAAAUGAGUGUCACGGUUCAUCCAGGUGUGCAGCGUAGCAAAGCUAUUCAUUCAAAGCCAAGUUUUGCAUUCUGUACUGACAAAAGUACAAAAACUAUUUUAUCAACGUAUGAGUUCAUAGACAGAAGCACACUUCAAAGUGCCUUUGAAAGCCAGUAUUUUGCCUUAAAAUGGCUCAGUUUACGGUGCACAAGUGUUUAGCUUUAGGUUUAUAUGGCUAAUGUUGUCUAGAUAACAUCGGUGUCAUUGUUGUGAUUUUGAUAUGCUUUGUAUUAAAAUAAAUACUACCUGCACAAUUGA